AUGCGGGCGCUCACCGGCGCAGGUUCCUACUUCCUCUCGGCGGAGGCGCCGAGCACGCCUCCCGGCGGCGGAGCUCACUCUCAGCGGAAGUCGCCGGUGCCCUACCUCUUUGCCGGCCUGGCGGCGAUGCUCGGUCUCAUCGCCUUCGCUCUCCUCGUCCUGGCCUGCUCCUACUGGGGCCUCUCCCCCCACUUCGCCCCCGCCGAGCAGCACGAGGAGGGGAAGCCUCUUGACGACGGCGCCUCGGCCAAAGACCCCGCCGCCCUGGAGGACGGCCGCCUCCUCGUCAUCAUGGCCGGCGACCGUGCGCCCAGCUUCAUCGCCGUCCCCAUUGUCUGCGGCGACGCGAGCCUCGGUGACCCCAGAGGCGAGUGCUAG